GACAAGGACGAAUAUAAUCCCAUUACUGAUUUAAUGCGAUCAUGUGAGCUUAUUUACGAAUAUUAUUUGACGGCCAAGGAGCAGGAAUUGCUUGGUGAUCAGUCUCAUGGUAUCAUGCGCAAUCUGACAAAAUACCGUAAUCGUCGUUCUGCAUCUGGAUUUGCUCUGGCUAUAGAAGAUUUUAAUAGAGUCAUUAGUAAAUUGAAAGCACAGGGUGUAUUUAAUAGUAAUGUAAAGAAAAUAUCCAAUCCGAGCUAUGACUUGGUCUGUCAUAUUUUAUAUCAAGUCUAUAGUAGAACGGCUGCACCUAUGGCACAUGCAUUAAAUAAUUAUGAGCCCUUUUCUGAUAUGGUUUAUGGAGAAGUAAAUCCGAUUUUAGUAAAGGAGUUUAUUACCAAGACAAGAAUUCAUUCUAGAAGCGUAUUUAUGGACCUUGGAUGUGGCAUUGGCAACGUUGUACUACAAGUGGCUGCACAAACAGGUUGUGAGGCAUACGGUAUCGAAAUUAAUGAGACACCAUGCAAAAUUGCAAAGCGUCAAUUAAAGGAAUACGCUGCCCGUAUGAAAGCAUGGCGUCUUCCAACGGGUAAAGUGCAUUUCCGCUUUGGUGAUUUUUUGGAUGUUGUAGCCAAUGACCUUCAUGAAGUGUUUAGAAGAGCUGAUGUAUUACUUGUAAAUAAUUUUGCAUUUAGCCCAGGCAUUAAUCAAGCACUGGCGCGACUCUUUUUAGACUUACGAGAAGGCACCAAGAUUAUAUCGCUAAAGUCAUUUGUACCCAAAAAUCACAAAAUUAAUCAACGAACGAUCAACAUGCCAGAAUCUAUUCUGCGAGUAGAGACAUGUGAGUACUUUUCAGAAGCAGUGAGUUGGACAAAUAAUGGCGGAAAUUACUAUAUCGCAACUGUAGAUCGAUCACGACUAAAGCCAUAUUUUGAUCAAUUAAAAAGGAUGAAGAAAAAGUAA